GAUCGUGAUCCUCUCUAGACAGCUGCUUGAGUCAGUGUUCUUCCAGUCCAGUCGAUUGUGCAGAUGCGUGUAAUUACAUAUAGCAAGCGUUUUUAAAAGUGUGUAACCGAGGAGAGUAAAAACAGAUUCUUAGGGAUCGGGUUUUGAGAGAGGUUUGACGAGGAUCAUUUUGCUCGCACUGCCCUCCGUAUUUAGUCUCCAGUUGAUCGUUGAUCGUGUACGCGCCGUGGUCCGUUACCAAACUUCAUCAUCAUCAGCAGCCUGGUCGUUGCUAGCGGUCAUCAAAGCCUACUGCGUUGGUUGGUUGGUAACCUCGGUAUGAGCGAAGAGUGAUUGUGGUGAGGCAGGUAAAUAAUCCAAUGUAAAACAAGAGAAACCUAUUGUGGAGUGAAUUUAAUGACCUGAACCAUUAUCAGUUCAGCGUAGCAAAACAACGACCGACAAUAAAAGUGAAAAGUGGAAGUGGAAGUUCAUACACAGAGUAAAAACAAAGAAGCAAAACGAGAGGGAAGCUCAUUUGUUUUGCAAUUAUAAUUGAUGCCGCAUAGGAAAAUAUAAGCCAUCAUUAUUGGAAGGCCGGAGUAAAGCACCGAAAAAGAGCAACAUGAGUAUCAAGGCGGAAAAUAAGAUCUCGCUGAAGAUCGAGCCGUCUAAAAAUAACCUGAUCAAAUCUCCAACUCCAGUCAAAGCGUGAAAUGUUCUUCAAAUCAGAGAGCAACAGUCCGUCUGGGCCGCCCCCGAAUCCACCGGUGUUAGGCAAUCUCAACCUGGCAAACAAUAACGUAGUGAAUAACAGCGCAUCGCAUCUAAACAAUGCCAGCAGCGAUAAGCAUUCAAUUAACUCGCAUACUACUAACAGCUCCAUCGGACCUAACGUCACUAACAUGAACAACAACAACAACAAUAACAACAACAACAACAACAAUCACAACAGCGUCACAAGCAAUGGCACCAGCGUCAAUGGGCUAGCCAACAGUUUAACCAAUAUUUCGUUAAAAGAGAAACGUGACGCAAUCCUGAAUGCCAACAAUCACCACGACGGGCUGAUGCAGAACAAUGGACACCACGAUUCGAACAAAAUUCUCAACGAACGGCACGAAAAGGAGAAGCCCGUGGUCAAAUCGAAACCCAAAGAGCUGGACGGAUACGUCGGGUUUGCCAAUCUACCGAAUCAGGUGUACCGGAAGGCAGUGAAGAAGGGCUUCGAGUUCACGCUGAUGGUCGUCGGUGAAGCUGGCCUCGGCAAGUCCACUCUAAUCAACUCGAUGUUCCUAUCGGAUGUGUACCAUCCGGAGCAGCAUCCGGGUCCGUCGAAGCGAAUCAAGAAAACGGUGACAGUGGAGGGCACGAAAGUAUUACUCAAAGAGAACGGCGUCAACCUGAUGCUGACGGUCGUGGAUACCCCCGGUUUCGGUACGGCCGUCGAUAACAGUAACUGCUGGGUCCCGAUCGUGGAGUUUGUCGAGAACAAGUACGAAGAGUACCUGACGGCGGAAUCGCGGGUCCACCGGACAGCGAUUCCGGACUCGCGAGUACACGUGUGUUUGUACUUUAUCGCCCCGUCGGGGCAUGGCUUGAAGCCGUUGGACAUCGAGUUUAUGCAGCGGCUGUGCGACAAGGUCAAUAUCAUUCCGGUCAUUGCCAAAGCCGACACGCUGACGCCCGAGGAGAUCAUCCACUUUAAGAAACAGAUUCUCAACGAAAUCGCGCAGCACAAAAUCAAGAUCUACGACUUCCCGGACCCAUCGGACGAGGAGGAGGACGCCAAAACCCUUCGGCAGCUGAGAAGCCGCGUUCCGUUUGCCGUCGUCGGUGCUAAUGCCAUCAUCGAAAUCGAUGGCCGUAAAGUUCGUGGCCGCCGGUAUCCGUGGGGUGUCGUUGAAGUCGAAAGCCUGGACCACUGUGAUUUCAUUGCACUGCGAAAUAUGGUCAUCCGGACACAUCUGCAGGACCUCAAGGACGUCACCAACAACGUGCACUACGAAAACUACCGCUGUCGAAAGCUGGCCGGUUUGGGUAACGACGGAAAGACCAAACUGAGCAAUAACUUAUGCAAUAUUGGAACGAUUAAUGCAAACUCAUUUGGUACUGGUACUGGAUGGAACCCACUGGCCCAGAUGGAAGAAGAGAAACGCGAGCACGAGUCCAAGAUGAAGAAGAUGGAAGCCGAGAUGGAGCAGGUGUUCGAAAUGAAGGUCAAGGAGAAGAAGCAGAAACUGAAGGAUUCCGAGGCCGAACUCACCAGAAGGCACGAGGAGAGGAAAAAGGCCCUGGAACUUCAGAUCCGCGAGCUGGAAGACCGCCGGAAAGCGUUCGAUAUCGAGAAAGCCGAGUGGGAACAGCAUAACGGAGUCACGCUGGAAGAGCUCCGACGUAAGAGUCUGGAAGCGAACAGCAAAGAGACCGCGUCACUUGCAUCAAGAAGUUCAGAUGAGUCCAAGGGCAGGCGUGUAUUCGGAUCGCUGCUGCGUAGGCACACUAGCUUCGGAGCCCCCGAUUCCGUACGUGGCGGGGCUUCGGGAUCUUCCUCUUCUACUACCACCACAAUCACCAAUACUAAUAAUAGUAAUAAUUGCACGUUACCACCUAGUCCGCAAGAGCAUAACGAGUCCUAAGCAAUCCCAAUUAUUUUGUCAAAACUUGAUCGUCGCCGUAGCCGUCGGGCAGGACUCGAUUCUUCACCAUUUUCACAACUGAUCAGAUUUCAGAUCGGGAACAGAUUACCAAUAACUUGUGCUAACGACCACAACAAUUGUCAAAGGACGCAGCAAAUGCUAUCCUGUGUAGGUUGCACCAACUGUUGUUACUACUACUUCUAUUUUACCACUUAGUCGAGGAACUGACAACUGAUAUCAUAAAAAUGCACACAUGCAACCAUCAUCGAUAGACUCAUCUACA